AUGGCUGCCAUGACGUGCCUUCUCCUUUUGCUGUGGGCCGGAGUCACAGUGAGCACAGUGGUGGAUCUGCAGAAAAGAAUCAUUGGAGGACAUGAUUGUAGCCGUGGAUACCAUGUGAAGUUGCAUAGAGCGGAUCCUGACAGCAUCUGUGGAGGCUCUCUGAUCAACAACCAAUGGAUUCUGACUGCAAAACACUGUUGGACCGGAGGGACUUGGAAAGCGUAUUUAGGUGGCAACGAAGUGCAAAUCAGUACAUCCAAGAAAUAUACAGAGGAUGAAAAGGACCAUGACAUCAUCCUUCUGAAGCUAAGUGCCACUACUACCACUCCACACGUAAACCUCCCUGGCCCUGACAACUGUAAAAAAACUCCAGAAAAAGUGGAGGUUGCAGGUUAUGGAGCAAAAGAUACAGCCACUGGCAAUGAAAGACUUUUAGGUCCUGAACAUAGAUCAACUACUCUCCAAUGUGGUGAAAUGAAGACUCUCGUUGACUGUGAAACGUAUCAAGGCCGUUUGAGUCAGAAUAAACCAGGGGCAGUUGAACAUAUGAAACAUGAACAUCUGCUCUGUGCCGAAAGCAAACCAGUGGAUAUAUCUAAAGGUGACUCUGGUGGAGGAGCGGUGCACGAUGGCAUAAUUUACGGUGUCAUUGUCAACAGUUCAGACGAUGAAUAUGCCCUUAAAGGACCAGCUGCAUUUAUGGAUGUCUGUAAUAAGAAAUACAGAGAUUGGAUCCAAGAAACUAUAAACGGUCCCUAGUAUUGGAAUACUGUGAAAUUGUCUGCCAUUAACAGGCAUUUCAGUUGAUUGGUUAAGUUUAAAUGUUCAGCUGUUCUUCAACAUGACUGUAGUUUAACAAAGUUGAAAUAAAAUGAAGAUGAAUUCCAAUCAUAAUUUCACGUUGUUGU